AUGUCGUGGGGCUUCGAGCACUUUACGAUCAUGUCCAUGGUGGACAUCCUUUUGUCGGCGCAUCCAGAAGCCCUAGUCAUAGACUACCAAAGAAGGAUAGUACACGACGCCAUGCAGUCAGAAAGUUUCGAAGCUAACCAGGAUGGACAAGGAGCAGCUCAGUCAGAAUCGACCGCAGAAACAGAGAUAAAAGGACUGGAAGAGUUGAAAAGGCUGCUUAUAUACUUGCGAGUAGAAAUAGAGAGCCGAGAGCAGGUCGCAACUAAAAUUCGCCGAGACAGGUAUCCCGAUCACCGCCCCAAGGGCAAAAGGACUGGAGGUAUGACGACUGGAGCUGUGUUGUACGCUGGACUUGGGCAGCCUGGCGAAAAAAGGAACUGCUUUUUCUGCAGUGCCGCGGAUCACAGCACCGAGGACUGCAAAGCAGACAUUACCCUAGCGGAAAUGUUCAAGAAACUGGCCAAAGAUAUGAGGUGCUAUCGUUGUACCAAGAAGGGUCAUCGGUCAAAGGACUGCAGAGUAAAAGUGGAAUGCAGUAAAUGUCGAAGACGACAUGCGUCAUCGGUUUGUGACCCGUCUAGACAACCGGUAGAAAAGGCUCUGGUCAGUGAAGUGGUUACCACGACGAGCGUCUCUACAACGAACAAUCCACAACGGUGCGAGAGAGCAAGAGUAAUGCUGCAAACGUUCCGUGCCUUGGCAUCAUCGGACACCGAAGGCGCUUACCUCAGAGGCAUAUUCGACGGAGGAAGCCAGCGCAGAUUUAUACGUGAUGACAUAGCCCGCAGACUUAAGCUGCCAGUAAUUGGGCAAACAACGCUUCAGCUCAACGCUUUCGCAGGCUAUGCCAGUCGGGACAAUAUUCGAAAGUGCAAAGUUGUCGAAGUUCGUCGAGCCACCUCCUACUGA